AUGGCUAACUGGUGUGAUAAAGGCAAGCAGUACCCAUUUCACAGCUCUAGCAAAUUGGAGGACAUACUGGUGUCGGAGAUCAAGAACGACGAGAAGAAAAUGAAGGAGUCGUCAGCAGUCUCCAUUGUUAUACAGUACACUCGUGAAGGAUGGGCUUUUACUGCCAGUGACUAUGUUUUUACAUGCAACCCAAGCAUAGGAGGCCUGAAACAUAGGGAGAAAUACUUUGUUUUCAGCUCCAAGGAAACAGCUUUAAGAUUUGGAUCCAAGCCAGAUGAGUACAUAGCCCGUGUGGCAGAGAAAGCAAAGCGGUCCCCUGAGCUUAUCCAGCUCCUCCAACUGCCUGUGUCACUCCACAUUCUGUGGUAUGUUCACUUACAAUAUCAUUAUUCUUAAAUUCCAUCUUCAGAACUUGGCAAUCCAGUCAGGGGAGAGACUGUUGGUAACAGCAGCACUCAGGUGGACACUUAUCUGUUGGAAACCAACAUUGUGAACUCGUACGAGUGGAAUGAGUGGGAGCUGAGGAGAAAAGCAAUCAAAUUGGUCAACAAUCUUCAUAGUAAAGUGGCCCACUCAAUGCAGGCUCAUCUAAUUCACAUGAGGGAUAAUGUCACCCAAACCUACCUCCCCGAAGAUGGUGCGUGCCAGUGCAAGAGGGAUGGCAAGAGCAACGUCCCCAAACCUCAGGUGUUCCUGGCUGAAAGACAAGAUAUCUGA